UUUUGAUAUUUAUAUUUCACGUAGGAAACUAGUGUGAUGUCUAAUGAAAUUCCAGUGACCCAUUGGAAGCCCAUUCUCAAUUUUUAUGUUUUAAAUGAAAAAGUUGAUUUUGAACGGAAAGGCAUUCCUGGUGAGAUCUAUCCAUUUAUCAGGUUAGCUCUUAAUGAGCAAUACCUUCCUGUGUUGUAUAUUGACCAACUGGGAGUGAUUUAUAGAUAUCUCAAGCGGGUUAACAAAAGUAGCAGCGAGAUGGAACUGAAGAUAAACUACGCACCUAUAUCUCUUGGCAAGCUUCGCGUUUGGUCAUCACUUCACCAUUCAUUGAAUUCUAUGAAAGACCUAGGAUUCUCGGACAAGGAUUUGGAUGAUUUGAGAGGAAUUUUCACAGAUACAAAUCUCUUCUUGCUUGGUGUCACAUUUGGAAUCACAGUACUUCAUCUUUUAUUUGACUUUUUAGCAUUUAAGAACGACAUAAAUUACUGGAAGAGUAGGAACAGUAUGGUGGGACUGUCUAUACGAACAGUUAUUUGGCGAUGCGUGAGUACACUGAUAAUCUUCUUGUAUCUAAUGGACGAGAAAACUAGCCUCCUUGUUCUUAUUCCAGCUGGGAUCGGCUCACUUAUCGAGAUGUGGAAGGUUGCAAAAGCGUUCAAAGUCAGCAUCAAAUGGGAAAACGGUUCAAGACCUACAAUUCAGUUCGGACAAAAGACAAACAAGGAAAAAGAGACGGAACAGUUUGAUGGCGAGGCCAUGCGUUAUCUUUCAUAUGCCUUGUAUCCUUUGUUGUUAGCCGGAGCUGUAUACUCGCUGGUGUAUCAUCCACACAAAAGUUGGUAUUCCUGGAUUGUUCGAAGCCUGGUGAAUGGUGUCUAUGUGUUUGGUUUCCUGUUCAUGUUGCCCCAGCUAUUUGUCAACUACAAGCUCAAAUCAGUCGCUCACCUUCCUUGGAGAGCGUUUAUGUACAAGGCGUUCAACACGUUCAUUGACGAUGUGUUUGCAUUUAUAAUCGUCAUGCCCACCGCUCACCGCCUGGCCUGUUUCAGGGAUGACGUCGUGUUCGUUAUUUAUCUCUAUCAGAGAUGGUUGUAUCCAGUCGACAUGAAGAGGGUGAACGAGUUUGGUGUUUCGUACGAAGACCAGGAAAACGAAGACAAACCACACGAAGACUAAUAAUGCCUUAAUAACCAAAAUGUGGCCGUAGUUAGUUAAUAGAAAAUAAAAAGUAAAUUAACACUUUAACGUAA